AUGGAAACAGAGCUUUGUGUCUGCUUCUUCCUGUGCCUCCUGCCUUCUGCCUUUACUGCCACCAGGAGAUACUACCUUGCGGCUGUGGAGGCGCCCUGGGACUACACGCACAGUGACCUGCUCGGGGAGCUGCACACGGACACAAGAUUGCCUUCUAGAGUGCCAAAAUCUUUCCCAUCCAACACCUCAGUCCUGUUCAAAAAGACUGUGUUUGUAGAGUUCACGGAUCACCUUUUCAACACCGCCAAGCCCAGGCCACCCUGGAUAGGUCUCCUGGGUCCUACCAUCCGAGCUGAGGUUUAUGACACUCUAAUCAUUACACUUAAGAACAUGGCUACUCAUCCUAUCAGUCUUCAUGCUGUUGGCGUAUCCUACUGGAAAGCUUCUGAGGGAGCUGAGUAUGAUGACAUGAGCAGCCAAAGGGAGAAGGAAGACGAUGAAGUGAUUCCUGGCGACAGCCACACCUACGUCUGGCAGGUCCUGAAGGAGAACGGCCCACUAGCCUCCGAUCCGCCAUGUCUCACCUACUCCUACCUUUCUCACGUGGACUUGGUAAAAGACCUGAACUCCGGGCUCAUAGGGGCCCUGCUGGUGUGCAGAGAGGGGACUCUGGCCACAGAAAGGACACCGACCUUGAACGAAUUUGUACUACUUUUUGCUGUAUUUGAUGAAGGGAAAAGUUGGCACUCAGAAGCAGAUGAAUUCGUGCCACAGGGUGUGGACUCUGCAUCCACUCGGUCCUGGCCGAAAAUGUACACAGUUAACGGCUACGUAAACAGGUCUCUGCCAGGUCUGAUUGGAUGUCACAGGAAGUCAGUCUAUUGGCAUGUGAUUGGAAUGGGCACCACCCCCGACGUGCAUUCAAUCUUACUUGAAGGUCAUACAUUUCUUGUGAGAAACCAUCGCCAGGCCUCCUUGGAGAUCUCACCAAUAACCUUCCUUACUGCUCAGACACUCCUGAUGGACCCUGGCCAGUUUCUACUGUUUUGUCAUAUCCCUUCCCACCAACAUGAUGGCAUGGAAGCUUAUGUCCGAGUAGAGCCUUGCCCAGAAGAAGUCGAAGUACGGAGGAAAAAUAAGGAAGAGGAAGAUUUUGAGGAUGACCUCUAUGAUUCUGACAUGGACGUGGUCAGGUUCGAUGAUGACACCCCUUCUUUUCUCCAAAUUCGCUCAUUUGCCAAGAAGCACCCUAAAACUUGGAUCCAUUACAUCGCUGCUGAGGAACAGGACUGGGACUAUGCACCCGGAGUCCUGCCCCCCACUGACAGAAGUCAUAAAAAUCUGUAUUUAAGCAACGGUACUCAGCGGAUUGGUAAGAAGUACAAAAAGGUCCGAUUUAUUGCAUACACAGAUGAAACCUUUCGGACUCGUGAAACUAUUCAAUAUGAAUCAGGAAUCCUGGGCCCUUUACUUUAUGGAGAAGUUGGAGACACAUUGUUGAUUAUAUUUAAGAAUCAAGCAAGUCGACCAUAUAACAUCUACCCUCACGGAAUCACUAAUGUCACUCCAUUGUACUCAAGGGGAUUACCGAAAGGUGUGAAGCACUUGAAGGACUUUCAGAUUAUGCCAGGAGAGAUAUUCAAGUACAAAUGGACAGUGAGUCUAGCAGAUGGGCCAACUCAAUCAGAUCCUCGGUGCCUGACGCGCUAUUACUCCAGCUUCGUUAAUCUGGAGAAAGAUCUAGCUUCAGGACUCAUUGGCCCACUCCUCAUCUGUUACAAAGAAUCUGUGGAUCAAAGAGGAAACCAGAUGAUGUCAGACAAAAGAAAUGUCAUCUUGUUUUCGGUAUUUGACGAGAACCGAAGCUGGUACCUCACCGAGAAUAUGCAGCGUUUCCUCCCCAGUGCAGCAGGAGUGCAGCCCCAGGACCCAGAGUUCCAAGCCUCCAACAUGAUGUACAGUCUCUGGGUUCUAGGGUGCCACAACUCAGACUUCCGGAACAGAGGCAUGACAGCAUUACUGAAGGUUUCCAGUUGUGACAGGAACACUGAUUAUUAUGAGGACAUAUAUGAAGAUAUUCCAACCAACUUUCUGAAUGAAAAUAGUGUCAUUGAACCCAGAUCCUUUUCCAGAAAUUCAAGGUACCCUAGCCCCGAGCAAAACCAAUUCAAAGCCACCACAACCUCAGAAAAUGACAGACUGAAGAUGGACUCUCCAUAUGGAGAGAGAACACAGCUGCUUAAAGCACAAAGUGCCUCCUCUACUGAUUUGUUGACACUCUUGGGACAGAGUCCUACUGCACAUGGGUUAUCUUCAUCUGAUCUCCAAGAAGCUAAAUGUGAGACUGUUCCUGAUGCUCUUUCACCCGGAGUGAUCGAACGUAAGGACGGCCCAUGUGAUGCAGCGCACAUCCGACCAGCGCUCCAUGAUGGUGGAGACACAGUCUUCACUCCUGAGCUAGGCCUCCAAUUAACAUUAAAUGAGAAUUCGGAAACAACUGUAACAGAAGACUUGAAGAAACUUGAUUCAACAGUUUCUACUUCAUCAAAUAAUAUAAUGACUUCAGCAAUAAGUUCAUCAGACAACUUUCCAGCAGGCAUUGAAAAGACAGAUUCCUUAAGACCCCUGAAUACGCCAGCUCACUUUAGUAGUCAAUUAGGCACCAUUGUAUUUGGCAGAAAGUCAUCUCUUCUUACUGGGUCUGGUGUACGUUUUCACUUGAGUGAAAGAGAUAAUGAUUCCAUGUUGUUAGAAGCAGCUGGAAUGAGUAGUCAAGAGAGUUCACUGGGGGAGAAAGCAUCAUCAAUGGAGAGUGCUUUAUUCAAAGUUAAUAUCUCUUUGAGUGGCAGCGUCCCUCAGUUCAAGAAGGUGGUUUUCCAGGAAUUUACUGAUGGCUCCUUUAGUCGACCUUUAUACCGUGGAGAGCUGAAUGAACACUUGGGAAUCUUGGGGCCUUAUAUAAGAGCAGAGGUUGAAGAUAAUAUCAUGGUGACUUUUAAAAAUAAGGCCUCUCGUCCAUACUCCUUCUAUUCCAGCCUUAUUUCUUAUGAGGAAGAUCAGAGGCAAGGACCAGAACCUAGAAAAAAUUUAGUGAAGCCUAAUGAAAUCAAAACUUACUUUUGGAAAGUGCAACAUCAUAUGGCCCCCACUAAAGAUGAGUUUGACUGCAAAGCCUGGGCGUAUUUCUCUGAUGUUGAUCUGGAAAAAGAUCUGCACUCGGGCUUGAUCGGACCCCUUCUGAUCUGCCGCGCGAACACGUUGAACCCCGCUCACGGGAGACAGCUGACAGUCCAGGAGUUUGCUCUGUUUUUCACCAUCUUUGAUGAGACCAAGAGUUGGUACUUCACUGAAAACAUGGAAAGGAACUGCAAGGCUCCCUGCGAUGGCCAGAUGGAGGGCCCUGAUUUUCAAAAGAACCAUCGCUUCCAUGCAAUCAAUGGCUAUGUGAUGGAUACACUACCCGGCCUAGUGAUGGCUCAGGACCAAAGGAUCCGGUGGUACCUGCUGAGCAUGGGCAGCAAUGAAAAUAUCCAUUCUAUUCAUUUCAGUGGACACGUGUUCACCGUGCGCAAAAAGGAGGAGUAUAAAAUGGCCGUGUACAACCUCUAUCCAGGUGUGUUUGAGACCGUGGAAAUGCUGCCAUCCAAAGCGGGCAUUUGGCGGGUCGAAUGCCUUAUUGGCGAGCACCUGCAAGCUGGAAUGAGUGCUCUUUUCCUGGUGUACAGCAAGGAGUGUCAGAUUCCCCUGGGAAUGGCUUCUGGACGCAUCCGAGAUUCUCAGAUUACAGCUUCAGGACACUAUGGACAGUGGGCCCCAAAUCUAGCCAGACUUCAUUAUACUGGAUCAAUCAAUGCCUGGAGCACCAAGGAUCCUUUUUCCUGGAUCAAGGUGGACUUGUUGGCCCCAAUGAUUGUUCAUGGCAUCAAGACCCAGGGGGCCCGCCAGAAGCUCUCCAGCCUCUACAUCUCUCAGUUUAUCAUCAUGUAUAGUCUUGAUGGGAAGAAGUGGCAGACUUAUCGAGGGAAUUCCACCGGGACCUUAAUGGUCUUCUUUGGUAAUGUGGAUUCAUCUGGGAUAAAACACAAUAUUUUUGACCCUCCAAUUAUCGCUCAGUACAUCCGGUUACACCCAACGCACCAUAGCAUCCGCAGCACUCUGCGCAUGGAGUUGAUGGGCUGUGAUUUAAACAGUUGUCGCAUGCCACUGGGAAUGGAGAGUAAGGUGAUAUCAGAUGCGCAGAUCACUGCUUCAUCGUACUUCACGAAGGCUUUUGCCACCUGGUCUCCUUCACAAGCCCGACUUCAUCUCCAGGGGAGGACCAAUGCUUGGAGGCCACAGGUGAAUAAUCCAAAAGAGUGGCUGCAAGUGGACUUAAAGAAGACUAUGAAAGUCACAGGAAUAACCACCCAGGGGGCAAAAUCUCUCCUUACCAGCAUGUAUGUAAAGGAGUUCCUAAUUGCCAGCAGUCAAGAUGGCCAUCACUGGACUCUCUUUCUUCAGAAUGACAAAGUAUUUCAGGGAAAUCAAGAUUCCUUCACACCUGUGGCGAACUCUUUAGAACCCCCACUCCUGACGCGCUACCUUCGAAUUUACCCCCAGAGCUGGGCUCGCCACAUUGCCCUAAGGCUGGAGGUUCUGGGCUGCCCUUCGCAGCAGCCCUACUGA